AUGGCUAGAAAAGACAAGAAAAAUAGAACUAGUGAAUAUUGUGGGCAUCCAUGUACAAUAUCACAAAAACUUUGUGAGCAUCUUAAUAGAAAGAAUCCAUGCAGACCCCUCAUUUCUCCAGUACUUUUACCUCAGCACCAAAGAACUUUGACUAUAUCAAGAAAUCUAGAAAUCUUAGAUAUAGCUGAAGUGAUACAAAAUCUAGAGCCAUUGCCAGAGCAAAAUUCUAAAAUAUUACUUAAAAACUUAUCUCAAGAAUUAUAUUAUGAAAAUUAUAAACAACCACGAACUUUAAGAGCUUGUCAAGUUCUUUAUGAUACUUUAUUACAAAUAGAUGAAAAAGCAUAUGAUAAUAUAGAACUUACAAAGCAGACAAAAGUAGAACAAGAAUUCUUUGGAGAACCUGAAAUAGAAAGACAAGUUAUAGACUCUUCUAAAGCUGGUCUAG